GCCAGGAGAUCUGCAUCCCGUCCUCUGAGGAAAGACGCGUUUGUGUAACUCUGCUCCAACCUGAGGGGGAGUUUGGACUGUUUGGUCAACGACAGUGGUUCCUGGAAAAGAUCUGAAUCGUUUUAUAACCAAACCCAGCUGCACUCUGGUGUCUGUGUGCAUGUGUGUGUGUGUGUUCAUGAGGUAGAGGAAGAGGAGAGGAGGGGUGUCUGCGCUUCCCUUACCAAGACCAAGAGAGAGAGAGAGAGAGAGAGAAAGAAAAAAAAAGUUUGGGUCUAUUUCUCCCCUUGACUCGUUUUUGAGGCAUGAACGCCGAGGCGUGCGUUUCAUACAGCGAUAUGACAUCGAUGGAUUCAUAUUAUAGCCCAUCUGCAGCGCCAGGUAGGGAUCAUCAACACCACACGGACCACUUUAGGACAUAUCCAGCCUCUGACACCAAAUACAGCCCCACUGCCUUCCUGCCCAACAAAGGUCAGGGGUACGGAGAAAAGUCCCGGAGCCCCUUCCAGUUGCAGCAGCAGCAGGAGUGCCAGUCAUUGGAUGCCGCCGCAGCUGGGCAAGGCACUUUCAGCAAAUACCACCUCUUCAUGCAGAGGUCUUCUUGCAAAACACCCCCCGAGGAGGGCAAACUGCACCAGGAGAGCGGACACAACGGAGCGCUUAUCCCGUGCUAUGGUAAAGACAGUUCCGGUCUGACAGACUCUGACUUGGCUCCGGACUCUGACCCACCUGGAAUGGACUCCAGCUACCUGUCUGUGAAGGAUCAGGGCGUAAAGGCGGCCUCUGAUAGACCACCAGGCACAGACCUGUCGAGCCCUCUGGACAAGGGUGAUGGCGGCGAAAGCAACAAGGGCAAGAAGAGACGCAAUCGCACAACCUUUACCAGCUACCAGCUGGAGGAGCUGGAGAAGGUUUUCCAAAAGACGCACUAUCCCGACGUGUACGCCCGGGAGCAGCUGGCACUGAGGACCGACCUGACUGAAGCCAGAGUACAGGUUUGGUUCCAGAACCGAAGAGCAAAAUGGAGGAAAAGAGAGCGAUUUGGUCAGAUGCAGCAGGUCCGGACACAUUUCUCCACAGCCUAUGAGCUGCCUCUUCUGACACGGCCUGAGAAUUAUGCACAGAUUCAGAACCCUUCUUGGAUCGGUGGUAGCAGCGCAGCGUCUCCUGUGCCGGGCUGUGUUGUGUCCUGUGACACUGUGACUCCCUGUAUGACACCUCAUCCCCACUCUGCAAGCGGGGUGUCUGAUUAUUUGGGUGUGCAGAGCCCUGGAGGUCACAUGGGUCAGGCACACAUGGGCAGCCUGUUUGGAGGAUCUCCCGGGAUGGCGACCAGCAUCAACGCGUACGAUCUGAACAUGGACCCUGACCGCAAGUCCUCUAGUAUCGCUGCUUUGCGAAUGAAGGCCAAAGAGCACAGUGCAGCUAUAUCUUGGGCCACAUGAUGUGUUGAUACUUGCUAGAGGGGGAAUCAUGUUGACCUCUUUAAUGUCUACACAAACCCAGCAUGGGGGCACUAGAAUUUUUUUUUUUUUUUUUAAACCUCUAAAGGCAACAGUGACUACCUUCAGAAAUGUUGCAAUAAAAUAGUUCUGCAAAUAAAUGGAUGGAUGAGGAGAAAACAACAUGAGAUUUGGUAAGGCAGGUGAUGUGGCACAGUCAUGUUUUUCAGCCCCUCUGGUGGGAGAAGGCAGCCAUAGAGGAGAGGAGUUAGCUUUGUGCAAAGCAUGCUGGGAGUUGAUGCAGUACUGUACAACAGGAGUUGCAGUGUAGUGCUGAUAAUGUACAAAGAAUAUUUUUAAGAAUUAAAAAAUCCAUGCACUUAUUUGCCAAAUUAGUUUUUGAACAGUGCUUUCAGUGUUGUUGUAGUUCUCUGUCCAGGUGCUGUUUUAUCUUACGUUAUUAUUUAAAUUUGAGUGUCAGUGUUUUUUUCUCCCCAUCAGUCUUUUUGUUUCUGAAUAAGCAAGCAUCCUUAAAAUAAUCUUAAGUUCAAAUGUCUUUGUUAAAUGCCAUUUACAUGUUAUUCUAGGGAAUCUUUGUCAGCGCAUCAGUGUGUACCGUAAGUUACACUGUUAUGAUAGCACUACAGAAACCUCUUUAUAUUGAGCAUAUCUGACACAUUGUGAAGCCUGGAGAUUCAAAACAAACAUAUCAGUUGCUGAAAAAGUUUGACGUGGUCCGACCCUCUACACACAACAUUUACAAUUCAAACACAUGAAAUGUGGUUUGUUUUAGUGUGGUCAGGGCGAGAAAUCCACCUGCCACACUGACUCAGCCUGCUGACGGCCCUAGAGAGAGGAAGGGAUGGAGGAGGAAGUUGUGUGUGAGAGUACGAGAGGGGCACAGCAGGCCUGCUGCUCUCAGGGCUGAAGAGCCUGGGAGCGCCAGUCUCAAAACAGAGCCAGCUCUGUUUCAGAGAGGACAGAGUCCAAGUGGACAUAACUGUGCCCCUUACCAUUUCCAGUCUCAGGAGUUUCAGGGAGAAGUACCUACUAGUCAUUCUGCCAGAAAUAACACCAAAAUCAGCAGCGGCCACCUUUGAAACAAGAGGAGGCUGGUGGAGAUUACACAGAGUGUGUUGACACUGAAAGGAUGUCAGUGUUCAACAGCCUUUUCUGGACUUUACCAUGGCUAUGUUAUGCUAUGCUGGUAUACGCGUUAUUGUAUGUCUAUCUAUAUUUUUUUUCUCAUUAUUUCUUUAGACACCAAACUAAGGACACCAUCAUAUAAGUUAAUGCAGAGCAGCCUGUAGCUUUGCGCUACACCUCAGUUGGAUUUGGA